AAGGCCAUCGAAAUUCAAUCUUUCCGACAACAUCAUCACCACAAACCGCUAAAAUGGGUCGCGUCAGGACAAAGACCGUUAAGAAGUCCGCCAAGGUCAUCAUUGAACGUUACUACCCCAAGUUGACGCUCGACUUCGAGACCAACAAGCGUCUUUGCGAUGAGAUCGCCAUCAUUGCCUCCAAGCGUCUUCGCAACAAGAUUGCUGGGUACACCACCCAUUUGAUGAAGCGUAUCCAACGUGGUCCCGUCCGUGGUAUCUCCUUCAAGCUCCAGGAAGAAGAGCGUGAGCGCAAGGAUCAAUACGUCCCUGAAAUCUCGGCUUUGGAUGUUUCUCAGUCCGAGUCUGGUCAGCUUGAUGUUGAUGGUGAUACCAAGGAUCUCCUUAAGAGCCUCGGCUUCGACUCCCUCAAGGUCAAUGUCGUCCAAGUCUCUCAGCAGCAGGUCACUGAGCGCCCUCGCCGAUUCCGGUAAAUCAUUUCUUCCGAUAAUCCGGAGAUCUUACGAGCAAGGGAUGGGUGUUCAUUUAACGUUGUGAAAUUAUUAAAUUUCUUUUAUUUCGGCACCCAUACACACAAAAAGGCGGAAAUGAAUUUCACACAGAAAGAAGCUUUUCCUCCCGUGGUCGUGCUUUGCUGUAUCGACUCUCGAGUGGCAUUGAUUCUUUCUAAUGUUUUGAUGAUGAUGUAGCUAAUCUGCUGUCUUCAUUGGCACGAAAAAAAUGAAAAGAAACAGGAUUUUUCUCAAACAAGGUGUCGCUGAUUCUCUUGGUCAAUUUGAUGAGAGAUGAUGCUUGAUUGCCAAUACUUGCUUCUUUCCUUUCGUUUUUUCCUACCUACCUAGCCCUUUUACCCAAUGCAGUUGAUGGUGGACCGCUCGAUUGCACGACUUUUGGUCCUUCCCUGGACAUCGUUAUGCGGCAGCCACUUCGCUGUGACAACUACCAUCCGUAGUCAGAUGGCAGAUCAGGCGUACGUUCGUCGCUGGUCUUGUGGAUUCUUCUACGUUGUAAUAUUGUAGGCUUAAUAGUCGUUCUUCCGGCUCAUAUACUGUCGAGCACAUCUUCCUCGCGAGAUUCAUGACGGUCUCGAGAUUGCUUAAGCUGUUCAUGAGUCUUCUUGGGCGCGUACCCCUCAAUUGAACCUCCGGUGCUAUCGCUUGGGCGAGCAACAGGAGCUGCUGGUAUCUCUCCUUUCAGAUCAAUAUCUUUCUCCUGAAGGUGUACAUCCACACGGCCUUGUUCCCUAAACGUCGGGCCUGUAUCACCUCGUUCAAGCGACAGUUGCUUCAUAUUCUGAGAACUGGUCGCUGACGAACACUCAUCUACUGUAAGACUUUUCAUCUUCUCGUUCAACGCACUAUCUUCCUCUCCCAAAUUUUGCUUGGUCUUCUCCUUUCUCGCCCGCCGAGCCUCUUCCAAAAGCUCAAGUGUUCUUGUCCGUGCAUCUACCGCUCGCCUCUCCCAUACCGGCUCCUCAGCCAACUGAACCCGUAGAUACAUGGCUCGUUCAGCACAUUUGUCCGAACACCACAUCUCGAGCUUUUCGCGAGGGACAACC